AUGACGUCCACCUCAGAUGAGCACAAGAAGGCUGGCAAUGCCUUCUUCUCCAGCCAGCUCUAUGAUGAAGCGAUACGAGAGUAUUCUACUGCUAUUAUCAAGAAUCCAGGCAUCGCAACAUACUAUACAAACCGUGCGCUCUGCUAUUUGAAAAUGGCCGUAUACGAUAGAGUAUCCACUGAUUGUGAAAAGGCGCUGGAGAUUGAUCCGAAGUCUGUCAAGGGCCAUUAUCUGAUGGGACAGGCUCUGACGGAACUAAAACGCCCUGAAGCUACCGGUCAUCUCAGGAGAGCAAUGGAACUGGGCCUUGAUCAGAAAGUUGCCUAUCUUGAAGAAAUCUCGACAGCCUACCGAAAAGCCAAAAAGCAAGCGUGGGAAGUCGCUGACUCGAAACGCAGACUAGAAGAAUCAGACCUCUUGAAAUACUUGACAAACCUCGUAGAACGAGAUAGACAACGAAUGCUAGAAUUAUCAAAGGACGAUAUAGAUGAAGGUGCAGAAGCGGCAAGAGAGGAGAUCAACACUAUACACAAUGAACGACAAUCUCAAAUCGCAAGUCUCUUUGCUCAAGCGAAUGAAAACGGCAAGGAACGUGUCGUCCCCGAUUUUGCGCUAGGCAAGAUAUCUUUUGAAGUAAUGACAGAUCCUGUCAUAUCGCCCUCUGGCAUUACAUAUGAUAGAACCGAGAUCGUAUCAACAAUCCGAAAACUAGGUCCGUUUGACCCAUUCACUAGGCAGACCCUCCGGGAGGCAGACUUGAUUCCAAAUCUUGCCGUCAAGGAAGCUAUCGAAGACUUUCUUAAAAAUAACGGUUGGGCCGUAGAUUUUUAA